AGCGCGGCGACGGGCGAGGGAAGGAUUUUACAGUGCACUAAGGCGGAAGUGUGUCCCGUUGAGCUUGGGCCGCGCCUCACUACAAGUGUGGUUUGAGGGUCGGGGCGGCUGUGCCGGCAUUGACGGUGAAGCCCGCGCACCCGCCCGACCCUCUUGGCCACUGCUUGACUGGCGGAUCAUUCGGCUCUCCGCGCGAGCGAAGGCAACCACGUUAGCGCUACCGCCUCUCGCGAGAAUCGGCCUCCUCAGCCAGUGGGCGGAGAGCAGAGCCGUUUCCUCCCCUCCCCUCGCUGGUCCCUCUUCCCCCUCCCCUUCCCUCUCACGCUGCCUCCUCCUCCUCCUCCAGGAAGCGCCUGGGCCCGACACGGGAAGAUGGCGGCGGCCGGAGGUGGCGGCAGCAGCGGCAGCUGCAGUGGCUCCUGGGCAGCGGAAGGGCCGGAGCUGUGAGACCCCGGCGCGGACGGGCGGGCAGCGAGCGGCAGCGGAGGAUGAGCUUGCUUUGCGCUCAGUAUCUCCGCUCCCAAGAACGCAACUGCAUCAGUGUGGAUUUUCCCCCUAACACCUACGAUUUGACGUUUUGGGCAACACGACUGUACCUAAAAAGAGAACUUAAUAAGAUAAGGUGAAAUAAAUGGAAUGUGGCUCUUCUCUCUACCCCCCACUCAACAUCUACACCCACUCCUCCUAAAACAUGGAAAUUCGAGGAGUGCAAAGAAAUGCAGGCAGAAGUCCUGAAGGCUGACAUGACAGAGUCGAAGCUGGGUCCAGCUGAAGCUUGGACAUCCAGACAGGCUUUGCAGGACUUAUACCAGAAAAUGCUAGUAACAGAUUUGGAGUAUGCAUUGGAUAAAAAGGUGGAACAAGAUCUGUGGAAUCAUGCCUUUAAAAAUCAGAUCACAACUCUACAGGGUCAAGCAAAAAACCGAUCAAAUCCAAAUCGGAGUGAAGUUCAGGCAAACCUCUCUCUGUUCCUAGAGGCAGCUAGUGGCUUCUACACACAGCUGCUGCAGGAGCUGUGCACAGUGUUUAAUGUAGACUUGCCCUGUCGUGUGAAGUCCUCCCAACUGGGAAUUAUCAGCAAUAAACAGACGCACACCAGCGCCAUUGUGAAGCCACAAUCUAGCUCCUGCUCGUAUAUUUGCCAGCACUGCCUUGUCCAUCUUGGAGACAUUGCUCGCUACAGAAAUCAGACCAGCCAGGCUGAGUCCUAUUACAGGCAUGCAGCCCAGCUUGUCCCCUCCAAUGGUCAGCCUUAUAAUCAGCUGGCUAUUCUAGCAUCUUCCAAAGGAGACCACCUGACCACAAUUUUCUACUACUGCAGAAGCAUUGCUGUGAAGUUCCCUUUCCCAGCUGCCUCUACUAAUUUACAAAAAGCACUUUCUAAAGCACUGGAAAGUCGUGAUGAGGUGAAGACUCAAUGGGGACUAUCUGAUUUUAUCAAGGCAUUUAUAAAAUUCCACGGUCAUGUAUAUCUGAGUAAGAACUUGGAGAAACUGAACCCUCUUCGUGAGAAGUUGGAAGAGCAGUUCAAGAGGCUGCUAUUCCAAAAAACCUUCAAUUCGCAGCAGCUAGUCCACAUUACCGUCAUCAACCUGUUUCAGUUGCAUCACUUGCGAGACUUUAGCAAUGAAACGGAGCAGCAAAGUUACAGCCAGGAUGAACAGCUCUGUUGGACACAGUUGUUGGCCCUCUUCAUGUCUUUUCUUGGAAUCCUGUGCAAAUGUCCACUCCAGAAUGAUUACCAGGAAGAAUCUUUGGGUUCUUACCCCCUUCCUGCUCUCAAAGUCUCAAUGGAUUGGCUGAAGCUUAGACCCAGUGUAUUUCAGGAAACUGUAGUUGAUGAAAGACAAUACAUUUGGCCCUGGCUGAUUUCCCUUCUAAACAGUUUUCAGCCCCAAGAGGAAGACCUCUCCUGCCCUAAUGCCACCCCUCUUCCAGAGGAGUUUGAGCUGCAAGGAUUCUUAGCUCUAAGACCUUCCUUCAGGAACUUGGAUUUCUCCAAAGGACACCAGGGGAUUACAGGAGACAAAGAAGGGCAGCAUCGGCAAAUACGGCAACAGCGCCUGGUUUUCACAGGCAAAUGGAUUGCUGACAACCAGCCAAGGCUGAUCCAGUGUGAAAAUGAGGUCGGGAAACUCCUGUUUUUGACAGAGAUCCCAGAAUUAUUACUUGAUGAGCAUAGUGAAGCCAAACAGAAUCUUGUUCUGCAGGAAGCACCCCUUACAGAGCCACAGUUUGCAGACGGGAGCCCAGGACUUAAGUCAGUGUUGUCAACAGGUCGAAAUCUGAGCAGCAACUGUGACACAGGAGAUAAGCCAAUGGUGACAUUCAAAGAGAACAUUAAACCACGAGAGGUAAACAGAGAGCAAGGCCGAAGCUAUCUAGCUAAGGAAGUGGGUAGGGAAAGAAGGGAUUAUAGCAAAGGAAUAACAGCCAAUAAAAUUGAUGGGAAGAAGGACAACAACAACAAGAGGAAGAAUGAGACCAAGAAAUGUGGCAUGGAAAAGAUGCAGGAAGCAGGGAAGCAGAAUGUGGCAGUACAGGUAAAAUCUCAGACUGAACUGAGGAAGACUCCAGUGUCUGAAGCCAGGAAAACACCAGUAAAUCAGUCUCCAAAUCAAGCCAGCAACUCCCAGUUCAUACCCAUCCAUCACCCAGGAGCUUUCCCUCCUCUUCCCAGCCGGCCAGGCUUUCCACCUCCAGCCUACGUUAUUCCUCCUCCUGUGGCUUUCUCUAUGAGCUCGGGAUACACUUUCCCAGGAGGCGUUUCUGUCCCAGGAACCUUUCUUCAGCCUGCAGCUCACGCACCUGCAGGAAACCAGGUGCAAGCUGGGAAGCAAUCCCACAUUCCUUACAGCCAGCAGCGGCCCUCUGGACCAGGCCCAAUGAACCAGGGACCUCAGCAGCCACCAUCCUCUUCUCAACAGCCGCUUGCAUCCUUACCAGCUCAGGCAACAGCACAGUCUGCAAGCCAGUUACAAGUCCAGGCUCUGGCCCAGCAGCAGCAACAACAGUCUCCUACAAAAGCUGUGCAGGCUUUGGGGAAGAGCCCUCCACAUCACUCUGGAUUCCAGCAGUAUUCCCAGGUGGACUCAUCCAAGCAGCUCUGGAACCCUCCUCAGGUCCAAGGCCCAUUGGGGAAGAUCAUGCCUGUGAAGCAGCCCUACUAUCUUCAGAGCCAGGACCCCCUAAAACUGUUUGAACAGUCAUUGCAGCCUCCCCUUCUGCAACAGCAGCAGCCUCUGGAAAAGAAAAUGAAGCCUUUUCCCAUGGAGCCAUAUAACCAGAAUCCCUCAGAGGUCAAGGUGCCAGAAUUUUACUGGGACUCCUAUGGCAUGGCUGAUAACCGCGUUGUGAUGGCACAGCAGCAAGCUAAUAUGGACCGCAGAGGGAAACGUCAGCAAGGAGUCUUCCGCCCAGAGCAGGAUCCAGUGCCUAGGAUGGGUUUUGAGGACCCCAAGAGCUCCCCUCUGCUUCCUCCGGACCUGUUAAAGAGUCUGGCUGCCUUGGAGGAGGAGGAAGAGCUGAUUUUCUCUAAUCCUCCCGAUCUUUACCCAGCUCUGCUGGGGCCUCUCGCCUCUCUUCCUGGACGAAGCCUCUUUAAAUCGCUGCUAGAGAAACCAUCAGAUCUGAUGUCUCAGUCAUCUUCUUUCCUGUCCCUUACAGGCUUCUCUCUCAAUCAGGAAAGAUACCCAAGCAGCAUGUUCAAUGAGGUGUAUGGGAAAAACCUCAAUGCCAGCACAAAAACAGAGGUCACUCCAUCAGUGGCCCAUCAGGAGACUUCACUCUACUCUCUCUUUGAAGGGACUCCAUGGUCUCCCUCUCUUCCAGCCAGCUCAGAUCAUUCAACACCAGCUAGUCAGUCUCCUCAUUCCUCUAACCCAAGCAGCUUGCCAAGCUCUCCUCCAACUCACAACCACAAUUCUGUUCCGUUCUCCAACUUUGGGCCCAUUGGGACACCAGACAACAGGGAUCGGAGAGUGGCGGAUCGAUGGAAGACUGAUAAGCCAGCAAUGGGAGGAUUUGGCUUGGACUAUCUCCCAGCAACAUCCUCCUCCUCACAGAGUAGCUGGCACCCAGCCAGCACUCCCAGCAGUACCUGGGCAGCCCAUGGCCCAUCCAUAGAGGACUCAUCAGCUGUCCUUAUGGAGAGCCUGAAGUCUAUCUGGUCCAGUUCCAUGAUGCAUCCUGGACCUUCUGCCUUGGAGCAGCUGUUGAUGCAGCAGAAGCAGAAGCAGCAACGUGGGCAAGGUGCCAUGAAUCCACCGCACUGAGAAUGAAAUCGAAUGGCUACCUUUGCAACCGAAGGCUCCAUAAAUCAUGGCAUGUGGGUUUGCAGGACUGUCCCACAUAGUCCUGUGCGUGUGGCAGCCCUCUCUUCUGUUCCUUGCUGUCAGGAGGGCGUAAGUGCUCCACCGACCCACAGAGUGUGCACGAAAAUGUCUGCAGUGCAACGGAAAACCAACAUCAGGAACUCUCCCAUCCCUCCGGGCCCUCUGGAGGGAGAGAGGGACUGCUGUUUGUCUCACGGUAACCCGAUAUCACCGCCUCUCACCUUCUCCAUCGUGCAUGUCCCCAGCCACGUGGGAAAAUAAAAAGCUGAGAAUGAAGAGCAGAUAGGAGAAGCCACUGAGAACUUCUCGAUCCUUCUCCUCAAUUUUGGGGAAACCAAUAGGAAUCUAUUACCGAUAGCUUUGCUGACUGAGAAUGUAGUUGAAAUUUAUUCCUCAACACCUAAAUUUCUAAUUAUUACUAUCUCAGUAGUAAGGUCACACUGAAUUCUUCCAUACACAGAUGUGCUUUGUAGUCAGUGUGUAGCAACCCCCCCUCCCCAGUUGCUGGUCCAGCCAGAGGUAGGUGGUGGUAGAUGGGAUGCAGGGGUGGUGUCUGUCUCCUGGGUUAGAUGAGGAGUUUCAUGAAGGAGAAUCUGCCCCCCUCCCCCCAGCACCACCUCCACCUUUUCCUCGCAAGCUAUCUCUGGACAACCUGGAAUGGGUCAGAGAUUCCAAUAGUGAAAAGCUGUGGCCACUGCAGGGCCCCGUUCGGGCAAGCAAGCCACUGCUGUGGGGUUUUAAGUUAAAUGGUUCAGAUUCCUGUACAUUUUAUGAUAGUGUAGCGACCAGCCUCACGAAAUGGCAAGCUGGUCUGUGCAUUCACAGCCUGACUCCUUUAUGUAGGUAGGUAGAAACUUUGUGUCUUUUUUGUUGUUUUCCCCCCGGACCCCCCUUUCUUCCUUUCCCUCUCCUUGCUCGUUGCUAGUAGUUCUAUUCUUCAUAUGCAGCAUCCCAGAGAGUCCUAGCAGGACAUUGGGGAGCAAAGGAGUUAGUCUGGACAGGACGAUGUGUGCAAUCCGCCCGCUUUCCCCAUAGGUGUAUGCCCUUUCCACAGGCUCCCACACACCUGCAGCCCCAAGGUUCUAAUUCCAGAGUAGAAGUUCAAGGCAACAGAGGACACCUCCCUGGAACCCAUGCACAGAAGCAAAUGGUCCCUCUUGUUCCUACAAGGGUGCAGACUGGGGCAAAGGGUUCUACUUGAUAUUUAUUGAGCAGAAGGAAGAUGGCAUCUCUUUUGCUUGCAUAGGACAAAGGACAGCAUUUCUCUUUGUUUCCCAGGGUAGUUAUGGAAACAGGCUCAAUGUUACAAGCUGCUGCGGUUGCAGGAGUGUGUGUCCGUUCAGGAUCUGUGAGCCAGGAGCGGCUACAGAGCAAAGCACAUCCAGGGUCCACAGGUGGCGCUGGAGUCGUGGAGCAGCUCCAUAUAGACUUCAUAUAAAGGGAAGCUGUACGCGUAGUGCUCUCUCUAGGAUAGGAAUUGGACUCCUCCCCCCCCCACCGCCCGGCCCCCCCAGUGUUGCUACUCUGCGUUGCAUUUUGGAAACGUGUCCCCCACCCCCCAAAAAAGGCUCAAGGAUGAAGCUACUGCCCUGGUUGUAAUCUUCAGCUGAGGUCCUCUGUGCUUCUUUGGCUCCCUGCCCCCCUUUCUCCAGUUUGUGUAUUUGAGCUGUGCACCCAGGCAGCUGCAACAUUCCAGUGUUUGAUCCACCACUGAUUCUUGCACCCUUGACAACCUAACCAGGUUCACCAUCUCACUCUCUCAGCAGUGCCAGAGACCCAGCUCGUAGGCUCCCAUUUCUGCAUGAGAAAUCUGGUGUUUGGAAUGUUUUUUUCUGAAUCUUUCGGGCAGGGCUUCCCAUUUCCUCCUCCAUCCCACAUACACUCCCUUCUGUGCCGGGAGCCUCAAGGGAAAGGGAACCCUCAGCAGAGAAAACUGGUUUGUGUCGUAAGCUUCUUUUUGUGUUUUUUGUCUGUGCAAGACCUGCAGCUGCUGAACUCAGCUUUGCCUUUAAUUAAACCAUGUUCUCUACAGCCA